CGCUACAUUCCCGCAGUGUAAACAAAACGCUCUUAACACUGUAGUUUGGAGAAGAUGCCGCAGCCACCAAAGGAAACGGUGAGUAUUCCUCCACCUGGAAAAUGGGACUGGAACGAUGAAACUCAAAACCUGGAGUUCACCUGUUUCAACACUUCUGUGAAGAUUAAAGCAAAAAGAAGAACAACAUCUUCCUACCAAGAGCAUAUUAGGAAGCAUCUGGAAAGGAUCUCACAAUGCCAGCAAUCAGCCAAAGGAGGGAGCUCUGGUCUGAGAAAGACUGUUGGACCUGCUGAGAUGAACGCUUACAGGGUUCGUGCACAACGCUUACAAGGAGACUUGGUCACCAUUGAGGAUAUUAAACAAGUGGCGGCCUCUUUGGUGCAGGAUAAGGAAGCCCUGCCUAUUCCAAAAUGUUUUAUGAAAGUGAUAGAGAGUAGAGAGCUGGACAAGUUUUUAACUGGACUCUUGCUGUACCUGCAUUGUCACUGGCAGAGGAAAGCACUGGCACAGCAGCCUAAUCCCCUCAUGGUGGAGCAGAGUGUGACAAAGAGUCAGAUAAUGGCAGAGGCAAAUGCUAAAGUGGAGCUGGCCAAGAUGCACGUGGCCUCCUGUUACUCCAGUCUGGUGCUGGGAAUAGGCCUCUCUCAACAUCAUCACAUGGCCUGUGGCAGAAGCAGGGUGUCGUCCACUUACCAAGACAGGCAGCUGUAUGAGUGUCUGUACAGCUUCUUCAUCUAUGUGGCAUGGGUUACUUUUGAAAGACAAGGUCUGAAGGAGAUCCAGGCUGAGAUUGGGACCUUGUUACGUUCUGACACAUUCAAUCCAGCACUGAGGGCACAAAGCGAGGAGGAAGAAUUGCAGGAGACCUCCAAGACUAAAAGCCAGUCUGAGGCUGGAAAUAGAAAAUCUGUCACAAACAUCAGGAAGUCUCAGCUUCGACCAGCCCCGAGGUCUGCAUUGUCCCAGCGCUCACCCCUUCUGGUGUCCCUUCUGCCUUCGACACGAGAAAAGUCUGCAUAUCUUUUUCAGAGCUCCAGCCUUCCCAAGCAAAAGACAGAUGAACUCAUAGACACAGAUGUUCUGAUGGAGGAGCUCAGCCAACAGCUGGCCUCUUGCAGCUUUGGUAUACUGGGAAAGCCAUUGAGCCAGUUCAGCUACACCACACUGAUGCCGCAUGGAGCCAAGAAGAAGGACGGGGAAGCAGAUGAUAGAGACAGUGAUCUUGAUGAAGAUGAGAAAAAUCUGGAAACACAUUUUAAAGGCAGGAAGGCCUCGAUCAUGCUCCAGAGGUCCACGACGACAACAGCAGGCAAGAGCAGCAGGCUCAGCCGGGCUCGCACUGUGACUUCAAGAGCCACCACGGAGGCACUGUCCUCAGACACAGAAUAAACUUCACUGAUGUGUUUUGUGUGUCACUACAAAUAGUAAA